AUUUUUUCACCCCAGCAAAUCGUAACGACGGGCUCCGCGAAACCAAACGAAUUUCGAGUUUUGGAAGUGUACGGAUUGCGUCGAAAUUAGUGGCAAUUGAUAGACAGUGAACCGAGUCAAAGGCCGAAAUUGAAAUAAAAAGCGGAAGUGAAUUGGUUGAGGAGGAAAUUCGUGCGAAAAUUUCGCUUUAGUGCAUGGCUGGAGUGGGACAUUUUUGUACCUAGUUUUCUUUUAUUUUUUCCUCCAAAGCGAGGCUGCUGUGCGAUUGCUUUGGGCGAGUUUGGCAGUGUGCGUGCGUUCAUUGAUCAAAAACACCGAAAAGGCGACGUGCUUUUGGGCGUUUAUCUGGCCACGGUAGUGUGCGUGACGUAAACAGUGAAGAUUUGACAGCAGAUUUUUGGGUCGUUUCGCCAAGUAGAAAGUGACGCGCUUUUAAUUUUCUCGAAAAAAAACAGUGAUUUUAUUUUAUACGGGACUUGGAUUUGGGAAAGUUUUACCUUUUGGGAUUAUGAUAAAGUGCUAUGGAAUGCUAUGUUAGAAUAUACAAAAGUGACAAUGAACAGUUUUUCAAGCAAUAGUUUGUAAAGUAGUAAAGUUUAUGGGCUGAGCAUCGAUUUAGUGCUGUCUUUUUUGCUUAAAAUGGAACGGUAGUGAAAGGCAUCGAUUUCACAUAACUUUUUAUAAUGGCAUACUAUCAGAUCGUCCAGACGGAUGAGUUAAAGAAUCUUUAUCCACAAUUAAUCGAUGCAAAUGGGGGUAUUCAGUUGGUGAUGCAGGAUGACGUCCAAUUCGGAUCACAACAGGUCAUCUUGGCACCGGACCAGCAAGAAUUGGUCCUAAAUGAAAACAAUCAGCACCAGUUACAACAAAUAGUUUAUCAGACACAACCUCAACAACAGGUUCAACCCCAGUCUGUCCAAGCUCAGCAAUCUCAGCAGCAACAAGCUGAAGCCCACUAUCUGAUACAACAAGAUGAUGGUGCUCUCACCGAUGCAUUUGGGCAACAGAAUCAGCCCCAGCAGAUUUACUAUUCGGAAGUUCCUAACGAUGGUUCCCAGCAAAUGAUUCAAGCCAAUAUGGUCCAUGAGCAGACCCACCAAACUACUUUGCACACACUGCAAACUCCUGCUGAACAGUUGCAGCAACAGCAAUUGCAGCAGCAACAGCACCAGCAGCAGCAACAGCAACAUCAGGUUCUGCAAGUUGUUCAUGGACCGCGACCAGGUCAGCAAAUAAUUCUGAGACAACAGGCACAGGAACCUCCCAAGGUUCAGCAACAGCCUCAGCAGAUUGCGAUUCAGCCACCGCAACAGCACAUAUUAGCUCAUCAGCAACCGACUCACGUUAUUUUACAUCAACCAGGUCAUCAAAUUGUACAUCGUCAAGCACCGCAGCAGCAACAACAACAUCAGAUAAUUUACGAGCAUGUUCAACAGCAACCUCACGCUGUACCACAGAAUAUUCAACUGGCACCACAGCUAGUCCAUCAGAAUCAGCAACAAUCCGUGACUCAGAUGGCUCAACAGGCUCCACAACAGACUCAACGCGUCAGUAUCCAGAAAUUGACUCCACAACAACAUCAACAGUACAUACAGCAAAUGCACCAUCAACCGCAACUUGCUCAGCAACAAGUAAUUCAGCAACAGCCCCAAUUAUUACCACAAGCCGGAGUCAGACCUUGCCUAAUAAUAACUAAACCCCAAAAUCCCCAGGGUCAGCAAACAACCGUCACCGUGACGCAGCAACCUCAAGCUACUGGUCAACCUCCGGUUGCGCAAAAUGUUGCUCGUAUACGAAACUAUCGUCCCCGAACCCCGAAAACUCCUCCCAGACCACGAAAUGCUCCAGGAUCGACACCGAUCCCUGCUAACCCCCAAAUACGCCCUCCAAGACCACCGGCAAAAGUCGUUACAGGCCCCGUCGUUCGUCAACCAGCAGUUCAACAACAGCAACAGCAACAGCAACCCCAGCUCCACAUUCAACAGCAACCGCAAGCUGUCGUUGGCUCCCGUAACAUCAUUUUGACAAGUGGUGGCCAAAGGAUCGUCGCUGUUAAUCGUGCUCCACAACUUGUUUCAACGACAUCCGCAACAGCCAAAGGAACUCAAAUCAAACGGGUCGUAACCACAACAGCAGCAUCCCAACCACCGCAGUUGGCUCCCGUUUCACAAACCCAACCUCAACAGCAAACGCCAGCAGAAGGCACACAAUCAACCGGUCCGCUUCAACAGUCCCCGCAAUCGACAGUUGCUAAACCCCCCGGAUAUUCCAACGAUUUGGAGGACCUCGAAGACAGCAUCCAAGCUGCUGUUCUCACGAAACAAUCUUCAGGCGCCCAACCUGCGCAGCCAACCGAACAACAACCCGUCUAUCAACAGCAACAACAACCGGGACCUUCACUUCAACAACAACAACCCAACCAACAACAAUCUCAACAAGUUGUUCAACAACAGGCUCCCCAACCUACCCAACAACAAACACAAUCACCCCAGGCCCAACCAUCAAUCUAUGACGAUCCCAACAAUCUGAUUCAACUGGGAAACGGUCAAACUAUGACGGCCGCUCAGUUCCGCUCGUUCCAAGAGAAACAACAACAACGGCAGCAGGAAAACUUCCGGGGUGGUUUCACCCAACGGGGUCGAGGCUUGGUCGCUGCCCGUGGAAUGGUCAUCCGCAAAACAGUUCCCCUCAAUCGCCAACAGCUGGCCCUGCAGCAGCAACAGCAGCAACAACAACAACAGCAAUCUAUGCAGCUCCAGCAGCAGCAACCUCCACACCUACAAUUGCAACCGAUCCAGCAGCCACCUCCGCCACCCCCACCUCAACCAGAACCGGAACUGCGCGAAAGCGCUAAAAUGUUGGUCAUCCUCCAGAGUGGUGAACAGCGCCUGAUCACGUUUACCCUACCGAAAGAGAGCUGCACCGUACAGGAGCUAUUGGAACAGGUGGGGGUCCAAUUUUCACCGGACAGCAACAUCCAGUGCAUUUCCAACCCGGGUGGGGAUAUUGAUUACAUCGUUACCGUGGGCGUUACCAUGCAGGAGACCACCGAAUAUCUCAAGGCUGCCGAGAAUACCAUCAAGAGUCAGCAGCAGCAGCAACUUCAGCAGCAGCAACAACAACAGCAGCAGCAGCAACAGCAUGCGCUCCAACAACAGCAACUUCUUCAGCAACAGCAGCAGCAGCAACAACAACAUCAUCAUCAACAACAGCUGCAGCAGCAACAACAACAGCAGCAGCAACAACAAAUACAUCAUCAAUCUCCGAUGGGCCUUCCACAGCAACCACCGCAGCAGCCUAUGCAGCAGCAGCAGCAUCAACAACAGCUCCAGCAAACACCGACCCAUCAUCAGCCGAAUCGGUUCAACGAGUCCUAUCGACAGGCAACGAUGGCUGCAGGCACACCAGUCUCGCAUCUUUCGGUCUCGCAGGGUCAUGCUGCUGCCAGCGAAACCCCUAAAGGAACAAGUAUUGAUUCCGAUGGUAAAAAGGAACCACCCGUUAAGAUUGUAAAAGGAUUUUUGGCUGUUUGCCAUUCCUGUGGUUACACUGGCCUCGAUCAUGCCAAGUGUCAACGCUGUAAGAGAAUCUUCACCGAUCCUCCCCGAAGAAUUCCGGAACCGGACAAACCAACGGCAUCGCCUCAUCCUCCCCCGUUGGUACCGACAGCUACAUCAACGCCCAUGCACACCAAGGUGCUGCUGACGGGUGAAAAAGUUUUGCCGGGAAGUGCCGAUCGUGUGGAUUCGCUGGUUGCUGUGAAGGGAAUUACGCUGCAAAAGAAACCUUCACAGUCAUCGCUAGGGAACAUGUUGACCAUGAGGGGCGUUGGCAGGGGUUCAGCGCAAAAUCGCGGAGCACGUAGUGGUCGGGGCAGGGGAACCUCGAACAAGUACCAGGACGUUGAACCGGUGGUGUUCACUUUAAGCAGUGACGACGAAGAUCACGACUCUCAGGACAAGUCGAAGAACGGAAACAAAACUGCCAACAUGAGUUCGCAGCAAAAGACGCUUCCAGUUCCACAGGUAGAAAAACCACGAGAACCACUCAAAUGCGAACCGAUCAUCAAGGAAACAGAUAAAAUUGAGGACUUCCCCCGGUUGGAUUGUACCGACAUCAAGAACAUGCCGGACGGGCUCAUUACCCAUCUCGAGUGUCGCACCAUCCGUAUCGGAACCUUGAAAUUUGAUACCACGGACAAGGUCGUCGUUUCGUCGCUCGGUGUCCGAAUCAUUGCCCCGAACGUGAAACGCCCGUCUGAGAAAAUCAUCCUGGACCUGCAGCUGCAGGAGUUGGUGAAGGCCGUGGUGCAUUUCUCGAAAACGUUGAACGUCAUCUUUCUGUACACGCUGCCGUCCUGUGGAGCGUACGUGCGUGAAAGCCUGGAAAUGGGGAUAGCUGAGGAAAAAGGACCGUACUUCAAUCCGGUGAGUCGAGGCAACGAUGCCCAUCGGCGGAUAACGCUGCUGGUUGAUCGAGUUACCGAAGAGUCUAAGUCGAUAGUGAAAAGUAUCAUAUUGACCGAAAAACUGGAAGAAAUUUCUGCUCGGGAUGCCAAUGAACUGUUGAUGCGCUCUUGUGGAGGAAAUCGUACCGUGGAAAACACUCCGAAUAACACUAUAACUGGAAGUUCUGGGGACGUUGAUGAGAUUAGAAAAAUCUUGAUAUAUCCGCAAGGAAAGGGAGGAAUUUCCAUCAACACUGAAGACUAUAUGUGUUUAGCGAUCGAUCAAUAUCUGAACGAUGUCAUUAUUGAUUUUUAUUUGAAUUAUCUAAAGUUGGAGCUGUUGAAGGAUGAAGAACGUAAAAAGAUUCACAUCUUUAGUACAUUCUUCUACAAACGUUUGACAACUAUUGGAACGAGGCAUCGCCAGGAUAAGGAUCAGAAGCUAACGGCAGCCCAGAAGCGUCACGCACGUGUAGCUAGUUGGACCAAGAAGGAAAAUAUUUUCGAAAAAGAUUUUGUCGUUAUCCCGAUUAAUGAGCAAUCUCACUGGUUUCUGGCCAUAAUUUGUUUCCCGAGCAUGGAUGGUUUGGCUACACCGCUUAAACGUAAACGAGCUGCUCCGAAAAGUAAAAAUAUAACGCUGCAAAUCGGUAACACCACGAUAACGCCGGUUUCCAAACGUGAGCUGGAUACCAUCAACAUGGGUGACGACGAUAUGAGCGAGCGGGAUGAAGCCGAAGGUGACGACAGUGAGAUGGCCAGCGAUACGGAAGGAACAGACGAAGAGCAAGGCGACUCUAAACCUGUUAGACAACCUGUUAUCCUUAUCUUUGAUUCGCUAUCUGGAGCUUCUCGUAGCAGAGUGGUGGCCACACUUCGCGACUACCUAACUUGUGAGUACAAGUGCAAAAUGACCGGCAAACCGCCAAAGGUAUUCAACAAGAACAACAUGCCUGGGCAUUGCGUAAAGGUUCCCCAGCAGAACAACUUCACCGAUUGCGGGUUGUAUCUGCUGCAAUAUGUGGAACACUUUUUCAUGGAUCCCAUAAAAGACUAUCGCAUUCCGAUCAAACUGCCGGACUGGUUCGAAACAAUAACCGUUACCAAGAAGCGUGAAGACAUUUCCGAAUUGCUAAAGGAAUUGAUUAAGAAACAUAACCCAGAGGUGUUACCGUUACCGGACAUCAAAUUCCCCACGUUGAAUGGUAAAUUGAUAAUCGACCCGGAGGAUAGCUUCCAGGAUGCCGAAUUCGAGGAGGAAGAAAUGGACGAGGAGUAUCUGCCGGAGUCGUCUAGCAACGAGCGCAUAACCGGAGAUGAAGCCCCUGUGCCGAAAGUGAUUAAGAAAACGAUCAAAUUGAAACGUUUUAAUUCGGCCGGAAACUCAAUAACGGUACCGGGAACACCAACGGUGGCAGCUACAACCAGCACCAGCGCAAGCUCCCUGACCGCAAAUAACAGCAUAAGCAACAACAGCAGUGGGAUAGCAGCUGCGGGACAAUCGUCCCUACUGGUAGUCGGACCAGCACAGAAAAGGCCACUGGACAGCAGUGGCGGUAAACUGAGCAUAGACAGUAGUGUAAGGCCCAAGGCGCCAAAAAUGAGUGAUAGCCCUAAUAAAAUAGUUACUACACAAAACUAGUAUGCGCGAUCGAAUGUGAACAAUUUAAACUUAGAAGGAAAAACUAGUGCUACGUAUAAUUAAUUAUAAUCGUAAGGAUAAAGCAGGUCUAAAACUUCACUAGCGUAUGAGAUUUUUGACGAUUGUAUAGUUGAGCGAGAAAAAGCUGGCAAAAGGAAUGUUUCCCUAGACGCAUGAAUGUUUAUUUCUGCUCCGCGAGCGAAUGAGCAAAACACAUUUUCGUGUUUGCUCUUGGCAUACACAGUACUAAGUGUUGUCACAUUUUAUUUAGCUAGAUGUGUAUUUUGAAAGUUAUUCUUUUAUUACUCAGAAAUACAUUCUCAGAAAUAUCCCAAAAUCAGUUUUUAUUUUUUUGCGUGAUACACACUUCCUUUCAUAAAAAAUACAAUGAUAACCAUACCAAAAUAUUACACAAUCUACAACCUUGUCAUGUAAAUAAAAAAGUGGAGCGGAAUUGUUUACAUUGAAUUUGCCAGAUAGUACUUCUCCCAAAACAAAAACAAUGUACCAUAACCUCACUUUUAAAAGAACAUAACCUGUACAUUAGGUUCCGACUUUUUCUCCCAGAUGUCAGGGUUACUUGCCGGCUUUUUCAAGAUUAGGUUAUCCAUGUAACGCAGAAAAAGGAACUACAAGUUUGCUCCAAAAUGUAAUAUACAUGGCAUGUAUAAACACGCACACUAGUGCAUAUCCCAUCUAUUGCUAAUCAGCAUCGGGAAACAGGAUAGUUGCUGUAAUGCUUAUCAAAGUAAUUCAUGUGACAAAACGUAAUGUCAAAUAGAAUGGUUCUUAUGUUAAUUAAUAA